AUGAUGCCGUCAAGAGGCUUCGUCCUCUCCGAGAACCAGGCCUUUGCCGGUCAGACGAGGACGCCAGGUGCAUCUCGCCUCUAUGCUUCACCAACACGAAAGGCGAUGACGACAGGCAAGCGAGCGCUGGGACAGUCAUCCAGCCUCUUUGGACAAGAGAUGGCCUCGGCUGGACCGAAGCAGCUUUUCCAAGACCUCAUGUCGUCCAAGUCGCCUGUCAAAGCUCUGGGUAAUCGCAAUGCUGCCAAGACGCCUGGCCCUUCAAGGUCAGCGUCGGGCAAGCAGGACGGCUCGCUUCGCAAGGGCAAGGGAGCCGGCAACUCUCCCACCAAGAAGGGGUCUAGCGAGCUCAGUCCGCGCAAAGCUAGCACAUCAAACGCACUCCGCUCGAUCAACGGCAAGCAGCGACAGAAUGUAGACCUGCCUUUCAGCAAGCCAGGCCAGGGCUCGACCAAAGAUGGAGGCAGCAACAUGAUGAUGAUCAAGACACCGGCACCGACGCAGCUCAAUGGCAAGGCAAGGACCAUGAGCCAUCAGAAGGGCUUUGUCACUCCAGCCGCCAACAUCGGACGUGCUGGCCAGAUCAAAGCACGCAUGGGUGAGAUUCUGGAUGCAGAGAUGGGCCUCUCACUGCAAAAGGCAGAGAAUCUUACCGAGCAAGUCACCGAGGAGCCAGCAGUGCAGAUGACUGAAGAGGAAAUGUAUCCCGAGAUCGAGUACAUGCCGCCUAGAUCCAAACAUGCCGUCUUUGAGUUUCCUGAUGAGCUCGAGGAUCUACCAAGGGCCAAAGAGAUUGGUGCACAGCUUUGCAAGUUUUCUACGAUCAAUCUCCGAGCAGCCGGCCCAGAGGAUCUCAGCGACAUGGCGCUCGGGCCAAUAAAGUUGGCGGAUGAUGAUGACUUGCUGUCGCCAGCAUUUGGAGUGGACAGCGAAGAUGAUGAUCCCUGGCCGAAUGUGCCUGUUGAGGAGGAGCCUGGAUCCUGUUCGACUGCUCCGGGUGGCGCUAUCGGCAAGGCUCCGACAUGGACAAAGGUGGCAACACGUCCUUCAGUCUCAGUGCAACCCAAAUCGACGAACGGCGCUCGCAUGGCAACCACCGCGGCUCGCCCAUCCGCAGCACCUCUGACCAAGCGACCAAUGUCUAGCGGGACAAGAGCACCAGUAUCAAGUGCGAGUGCGAGUGCGAGUGCGAGUGCGAGUGCGAGUGCGAGUGCGAGUGCGAGUGCUACCGUUCGAAGCGUUCCUGGCAAAGCUGCAGGUCAGCCUGUCACUCGCUCUACUGGUCUGCAGCGCUCUAUCGCGGCAGCCCCUGGCAGUCGAGGCGGAGUUAGUAUCACCGGCUCUGCAUCACGUGCUGCUGGAAUUGCUAUGCGGCCAACAGCAACGGCAUCAAGAUCCACUGUUCGACCAACAGCGGCUACGAGGCCGACGACAGUCAAAGCACCGGUUGCGCAGUCGGCCAAGCCAGCAGCGUCGCAGACAGCGGCUACUAAGCCAGCCGCGACUAGGCUCAACCCGAAACUCAUCGACUUUGUGGACGACGAACUUGGCAAGCAGACAGCCGCAACACUGGAACGGCUGGAAGCUGAGGACGAUAUCGAAGCGCUCCAGCUCGAUCUUGAUGAGCCCAUCGAUGGAGAGGCAUAA